AAAACAGUCGUGCCGAAGAUGGCGACGUGUGAGCGGCGGCGUCCGCGCGGUGUUUAAUCGAGGAGAGAGAGAGAGAGUGGCGCGAGGAGGUGUGUAUCAUGUUGCCGCGGUCGCAGGUCGCACGGCCCGCAGUGUUUCCGUGAUCCGCGUUAGGCUCGGUGCAAAUGUAAAAGGAAUGUCAGAGGCGAAACGGGUGCCCCUGCAGACCCUGGAGUUCCCGGAGCCCCUGGGCCACGCGACGAAGAAGGAGAAAAAGGGGAACAUGGGCAAGCAGCUCGCGCCCUCCUUCCGCUUCGCGCUCACCCUGCCCGAGUCGAACGAGAAGACAUGCCCGGAGUUCAACUAUGCGCAGCUCCUCAAGUCGGCGGAGAAAAAGCAAAGGAAAGAACAAAAGAGGGGAGAUGAGAAUACAACUAAUGGACUGGAUCCAUUCGACGACGACGAUGACGAGGAUAAGCUUAGAGACAUGGCGAGACGCUUCGAGGCGAAAUACGGAACAUCUACUAUGGGCAAGAAGAGGCACAAGUACGACGAUUACGUGGACUUGGGCGCAGGAUAUGAUGAAAACGACUCCUUCAUCGACAAUACCGAUGCUUAUGAUGAAAUUGUACCCGAAGAGAUGACCACGGCGCACGGGGGUUUCUAUAUUAAUUGCGGGGCCCUUGAGUUCAGAGCAGCCGAUAGACGUUCGUUAGUCCAUAACAAUAAUAAUAAUAACAAUAGUGACGAUGAGGAGAGUAGCGAAAGUAGCGAGGAGGAUACCGAAGAUGUAGAUAGUCCUAAAAGAGUAGAUAAGCGAAUCAUUAGCUCCUCUGAUGACGAUGAGACGGAAGACAUCACUGGUGAUAAUCCGCGAAAGAGACGAAAAAUUGAGGAAAAUAGCGAGAAGAAAGUCAAUCACGAGAAUGGCAAAAAGAGGAAAAAACCGCAAAAUCAUCAGGCGCAGGACGCGCAGCAACAAAAUUCUCAACAAGAUUUGGAUCUGCUGAGACGGAAGGAGAAGAAUGAGACGACGGAUGCUGAGGGUGGUACAGCCUCGGAAGAUCAAGAGGAGAAGAAAAAGUCUGAGAAGCCAGAGAAAAAUAAAAUAAGUGAGAAAAAGUUCGAUAUCAAAAAGUUCGAGAAGAAAUCGUCCAAUAGUAACGGAUACGACGCGAAGAAGGUGGAUCCAAAGAGAUUGGAAGCUAAAGACAGUAACAUCGACGACGCGAUAGAGAGCGUCGUCAAUGCAGCAGCGAGAGCAAUUGACGACGAUUCGAGUCGUGACACAACGGAUUCGGGGAAAUCUCGCGUUUGUCUUUACGUUGAAUCUGACGGCGAGGAAAUGGAGAAUAAAGAAGCGUCUUUGCCCGAGAAUCUACCCGAUGAUAUACGAGAGAUAGUGAAUAAAUUAAAGGCUCAAGCGGAAACCAGCAAAGACGGCAAAAGCAAGUUCUUCAAUAGCGCAGUUAACGAAGUGCUCUUUAAUUUAGAGAAGAAACUGCGAAUGCUGAAUUCGCCCAGCAUAAGAUUACAAACUUACGGACAUCUAGUGCGGUUUUUACCUUGUAGUAAAAUUACUCUUCUCAGCAGGGCGAAGAAGCUUUAUUUGAAAGAUGCUGAGCACAGAGUGAACGAACCGAUGCAAAAAUUAAAGGCGCUGAUCGAUAAUGUUAUGCCAUCAGUUAUGGACAAAUAUAUGAAGGAAUGUCAGAAAGUUGCCGAUGAAAAUCCUCAAUUAUACUGGGAGAUAUAUCGGUACUGUUGGGGUUUGGAGGGAUCGCCUGCAGAUGCGGAGAGCAGCGACGAAGAAGAUGGUUCGUCUAAGAACGCGGAAAAGCCGAAAAUACCACGAAAACGAUUUCCCUGGACUGACGAAGCAAAGAAACUCGUUCUUGAAAUUGCAAACGCCAGGAGACACUAUUUCAAAAUUCUCAGAUCAAGAAAGGAGAGUAUGGAAUCGUUCGUUGCUACUUUCAUGGAUGCGAAUGUUUUACCAUUGUGGCCGCCCGGAUAUGUACGAUUGCAAACCUUGCUAAAAUAUGCUAGUCCAGUCGAACCCGCCAUUAAGAAGAAAUUGAAGAAACCAAAAGAAAUGGCCAGUGCAAACAACGUUACCGCUUCUGCCAAUACUCAAGUUUGCAAUACUGUUGCAAAGAACGACGCGACAAACGCGAAUAACCUUUUGCCGCAAGAGAACGAGAGGACGAACACGACUGUAUCUAAAGUUCCGAUCAUUGGUGAGAAUUCGACGAAUUUUGCGAGUCAAGCUACAGCGAAGUCUAACGACGUCAAUAUCGAUAGGAAGCAACAGCAUAGUAAUAAAUAUAAGGACAAGCACACGGAGAACAGUGCGGGAAGCCAGCAGCAGGAGUGCGUCGCGGUCAAUAAUUUUACAGUUGGUAAAAUUUCCGUAGUCCCUACAGCACAACUAAUGGCCCAAAAGCCAGCCAAGAGUCACGUCGAGAAAUUCAAUUUCAUGGAUUUGACAAACAGUUCUCUGUCCAUAACGCGUGUCGACUACGACAAACUGUCGACAAAGCUAACCGAGGCAAUAAAGGAUAGAGUUUCUAUUACACCAUGCCCGGAACCUGUGAGCCAUCCUAAAAUGAACGAAAUUACCCAAGCUGGACAUCAUUCCGUAUAUAGACAGGACGCUUCCCAUUCGUCAGCACAGGCCUUGAAACACAGGUUCUUGCAGGAGAAUGCUGACGCUAAAUCCGACAAGAGAUUAGACGACAAAGAUGUCGACGCGACGGCGGCGGUCGUCAAGGCCGCCGUCGCCGAGAAGAAGGAGAAGAAACGAGAACGAGGUGUGGAAGUCAAGCAUAAGUCGUCGCACGAUCAGAAGAAGAGAAAGAAGGAGCACAAGAUGAUCGAGCAACAGAUAGGGCCUAUUAAUCAAGACGUAGUGCCUAUGCCACAGCAAACGACCCUCUCGAAAGAGGAACAGGAACAGAGGCAAAACGAGGAAACGAUUGCCGCGACUAAUUUCCUCAGUCAGAUCAUAAACGACGACUCCUCGCCGCGAGGAUUAGCCGAUAAACGGAAAGACGGUUUCAUUACCUUGGACGACAGCUUGGCAAACGCAGUACAACCAACGGAACAGGAGAAGGAUGUCCAGAUGGUCAUGAGAUCGUUGAAGGAGUUGCAGGAGUUACAAGAGAUGAAAUACUCCCCCAAUAAUUCGCCGGUCGGUGGUACCAUACAAAAGCCUGGUAAAUCGAACACGCAGUAUGUUACCUAUCAGGAGGACUAUCAACGAUUGUAUCUCAAGAAGGAAGAUAAAAUUAGGUCUAAGGAAGAAGCGCAAUGGUAGAGAAACGACAUAUUUUAUCGCCGAUUUGAAGCUUUCUCUUUUUUUUUUCUUGGGAACGGUAGUAACAAUCCAGUUAUCAAUUUCGCGAAAAGUAGGCGAGACUCUCAAUAUAUUUAUGUAAAUUACGUUUUUCGUUUCGUAUGAACGAUCGAGCGAAGGCUGAUGGAAACUUCUUCCACUUAUAUGACGCCAUUUAUUGGCGAGAUAAAACGUAUGCAGCUGUCGAAUAUAGCUUUAUAGCGAUCAUACUGUGUAUGUCGUGUAAGGAUUUUUAAAUAUUUUCAAACAAAAAAAUCGCCAAAUUGUGUACAUACAUUAUAAAUUCGCUAGCGGUAGUCUUCAGUUGUAUGUGUACAGAUUAACUAUAUAAAUUAUAAAAUUCUAGAGUAGAGAGAACUCUCUCGAGAGAUGUGGAUACACUUCUCGAAUGAGCAACGAGCGAACAGCGAACGCAAAAUUUAAUUUAUUUAAAACCCUCCAUGCCAUCUUCAUGAUUAAAUGGAACAUAAAUUAGAUUCUGUUCAUAUUUACUAUUCAUAUACAUUUUUUUCGAACUUUAAUGAAAAUUCAGAUUUGCUCUCCGUUCGUCAUUCGUUCGGUGUAUGUAUGUCCUUAAUAAGUAUUUGUAAAUAAGUGAACAGCGUCCAAUCGCUCUGUGAAUCGGGUGGUCCACGAGAAUUUUAUUUUCAUUUUUCGACGAGUCGCCUGUGAUUUUUUAUUGUGAUUCUGCCGAUUAAUCCAGAGAUUGGCAUUUAAUACUAUUGGCUACACACGUGUGACAUUUUGUUUUAAUUGUAAACAUAAGCACAUUAAAGUUUUUUUUAUAAAAAUUAUAGGGAUGGAUUUAUUGGCGUUCGUGAAGCUUUAUUUUAUAUUUUCUUUGUCAUUUGUUGACCACUCUAUAUCACAGAGCGAGAAAAAGAUGUCUUGUGUACUGUUCCUCCUUGUGUUUCGGUUGUCACAAUCAUCAUAAUGUAUGUACGCGAACGAAAAAAGAACGAUUAAUAUUCAAUAUAAUAUAUUAUCUCGAAAUUGCAUUAAUGCCUUUCAUAAAUAUGAUUUGUUAGAUACAAUUAUAAUAAUGGAUUGGCGACUCUUCACAUAUAAUUAUAAUUGUGAACAGAUUGAGACGAUUACAUAGAACGGAUUAGAAUGCGAAACUGCGGUAUCAGACACGCGUAUUAUUUCGUCAGAGCAAAACAUUUCACAAUACUUCCACUCUGAACAUUAUCUUCGCGCUAGAUCUGUUUUCUUUUUUUCUUUUGGUCGAAACAUCACAAUAAAAUGUAUUCUUCAACGCUUUGGGACGUUGGAGAUGGGAGAGUGCGAUUAUCACUAGAUUAGCUCAAGAAGGUUACGUGCGAGCAUCCGUUGCUUUCUCGACUUGCAAAUUUGUGUGGCUUUGUAUGUGGCUUGACUGAAUAAUAGACAGAUAGUACAGAGGGAGAGAGAGAGAACGUGUGUGUGAGGACGAGAGUGUGUGGAAAGAGCGAGAGAGCGAGAGAGACAACUAGAAUAUUUUUGGAACACAUAAAGAUGACUAGUACUGUAUUAUAUACCGUAUACCUUACCCACCCACUUCCCCCGUUUUACCCCUAUAAUACUUAGAAUACGAAUGAAAAAAAAAACGUCUUGUACAAUUCCGCAUUGAGAAUUUUCACUAAGACGACUUAAAAUAUAAGUUUUGAA